AUGGAUGUUUGUGAUUUUGUUGGCGGUGUGAAAGUGGAGGAUAAUGCAGUGAUUGUGAAACUCUGGAGUUUGAAAUGCGUUGCGAAGGUUUUUCGUGUUGUUGAGUUUUGUUUUGUGGUUUUUUUGUUGUUGUGGAUUUCCUCUCGUUUGCCUUUUGCGGUGAGGAUUUCCGGCGAGUAUUUCCGUCAAAUCGUCGGUUUAAUACUUAGUCCUGUUUUCAUUUUCAUCCUAUGCAACUUCAUUGUCCUUAUUCUCCUCUUGAAGUCCGGUCUCCAUUCCGGAAACUCUUCGAUUUUUCGGAAUGUCGCCGGAGCUGAAGUUCUCUAUGACUCGUUUCUCAAAAACACAGAGUUUUCAGCUGUUUUUUCGUCCGGGAACUCUUCUCUGGUACCGGAAAUUGAAGUUCGAGGUAUUGUUUAUGAAGACAAACAGACGAUUUUUGAAGAGAACACAGUGACUAAUCAGGAAUCAUUCGGUUCCGAAGAACUAGAAACGGUUAUAAACAAGGCAUUGACGAAACCGAAAGUUCCGAGGAGAACUCAAUCGGAAAAGCUGAAUGAGGAAAAAGUGGAGGAAAUUUCCGUCAAAUUCCGGAGAUCGGAGACAGAGAAAUGCCGGAAAGUGACAAAUCCCGGCGAUUCUGCUCAUGAAGUAGACGAAUUAAGUAACAAAGAGUUUCAGAAAGCCAUAGAAAACUUCAUCGCAAAGCAAACCAAAUUUCAUCAACAAGAGAAAUUGGCCAUUGAAGAUGAAGAUUCGAGAAAGUUCCAUAUUGACAUGCAUGCAGUGCUUUGA